AGCGCUCCCCUAGUGACAGUCCGCUCGGAGCUCGACAACCAGGCCUCAAAUCUGGAAACUUAACCUCCAUUUCCCACCCGGAGCUCCGCCGGCUUCUAACCACGGCCGCUCUCGGUGAGGAAACUCUGGCCUCCGCUUCCUCCUCCUCCGACUCGGACACCGGCGGAGCGUCGCCGCCCCCGCGUAAGAAGCACCGAGCCUCGGCGGCGGAGGGAGCAGGAGAGCCCGGGGCUUCAGCACUUGUAACAGGCCUAUCCGGAGUUGUCUUUGGACUUGCUACUCACUCUACACACUCUCAAGCUACUUCAGCCAUCCACUUUAACCGAAGUGUUGUCAACAACCUUAGCAGCAGUAUGCAGGCAAACGGGGCAGGACAGGGACAAGAAUCUCCAGAUCUCUCCUGCCUUAACAACGCUCAAAACGGGGAGUCGUCCUCGGCCGGAGGAGCCCACUCCAACGGGCUGCUCUCCAGCACAGACAACGGGAACAGUGUCGGUACCAGUAACGGGGCUUCCAGCGGGCCCGGGUCGGGGACCUCGGCUGCCUCCACGGCCUCGGGCUCGGAGGUCGGCUCUCUGAAGAAGAAGAAACGACUAUCGCAGGCGGAGGAAGAUGUCAUCCGAUUAAUAGGACAACAUCUCCACGGACUGGGGCUGAAUCAGACAGUGGACCUGCUGAUGCAGGAAUCAGGCUGCAGACUGGAACACCCCUCAGCUACCAAGUUCCGCAACCAUGUCAUGGAGGGGGAGUGGGACAAGGCUGAGAAUGAUCUCAAUGAGCUGAGAGCACUGAUGCAUUCUCCCAACGCCAUUGUGCGUAUGAAGUUCCUGCUGCUGCAGCAGAAGUACCUAGAAUAUCUGGAGGAUGGCAAAGUCCUGGAGGCUCUGCAGGUGCUCCGGGGAGAGCUGACGCCACUCAAGUACAACACAGAUCGCAUCCAUGUACUUAGCGGGUACCUCAUGUGCAGCCAUGCUGAGGACCUGAAGGCUAAGGCAGAGUGGGAGGGCAAGGGCACCGCCUCACGCUGCCGACUGCUGGACAAAUUACAGACGUACCUGCCACCUUCUGUGAUGCUGCCCCCGCGGCGGCUGCAGACCCUGCUGCGACAAGCAGUGGAGCUGCAGAGGGACCGCUGCCUCUAUCACAACACCAAGCUGGACAGUAGUCUGGACUCAGUCUCUCUGCUCCUUGACCAUGUCUGCAGCAGGAAGCAGUUCCCCUGUUACACCCAACAGAUUCUGACAGAACACUGUAACGAGGUGUGGUUCUGCAAGUUCUCAAAUGACGGCACCAAACUAGCCACUGGCUCCAAAGACACUACAGUCAUAAUUUGGCAAGUGGACCCGGAGAGCCACCAGUUGAAGCUGCUGCGAACCCUCGAGGGUCAUGCGUAUGGUGUCUCCUACUUGGCCUGGAGUCCCGAUGACACCUAUCUGAUCGCCUGUGGACCUGACGACUGCUCUGAGCUGUGGCUCUGGAAUGUUCAGACGGGGGAGCUGCGGACCAAAAUGUCCCAGUCCCAUGAAGACAGUCUGACCAGUGUGGCGUGGAACCCUGACGGCAAACGCUUUGUUACUGGAGGACAGAGGGGACAGUUUUAUCAGUGUGACCUGGACGGGAACUUGUUGGACUCCUGGGAAGGCGUGCGAGUGCAGUGCCUGUGGUGCCUGGGUGAUGGCAGAGCAGUGCUGGCCUCCGACACACACCAACGUAUCCGGGGCUACAACUUCGAGGACCUUACGGACAGAAACAUAGUUCAGGAGGACCACCCUAUCAUGUCUUUUACUGUUUCAAAGAACGGAAGAUUAGCUUUGUUAAAUGUAGCAACUCAGGGAGUGCACCUGUGGGACCUUCAGGACCGGGUGCUGGUGAGGAAAUACCAAGGUGUGACCCAAGGCUUCUACACCAUCCACUCCUGCUUCGGAGGACACAACGAAGACUUCAUUGCCAGUGGCAGCGAAGACCACAAAGUAUACAUCUGGCACCGGCGUGGAGAACUUCCCAUUGCCGAGCUAACAGGCCACACACGCACCGUUAACUGUGUGAGCUGGAACCCGGCCAUCCCAGGACUCAUGGCUUCCGCCUCAGAUGACGGCACAGUGCGUGUUUGGGGUCCUGCACCUUUCCUCGACUCACAAGAGGUCGACGGACUCAACGAAAACUGCAGUAACAUGGACAGUUGAUGAUCACUUGUGGAGCAGAUGACAUCUCUCUUUAACAACAAUUCAAGAAUCCCACAAUUAAGUAAAAUCUACACGGGCAAAUCCAAUCCAACACCAACUUAAAGCAAGACAAGAAUAACACACAAAAAGCCACCAAGACAAAAAGAGAAAACAAAAGUGAGAAAAAUUUGUCUCCUGACUGGCCUAAGACAAAAUGGUGGAGGUGAUGACGGACAUUCUGAAAAAAUUCAGGUCCUCAUCCAAAACCUGACCCAGACCCCGAGGAAAAACUAGUCAAAGCCCAGCGGGAUCCAUCCACUGGUGAGCUGUAACAGCUGUACUCCUCCUCUAACUUCUUCCCCCCCCCGUCUCGCUGCAUGGUCACCAGCCAUGCCAGGUCCUGCGCAGAGUUUCCAAGGAAAUCCACCUCCACCUUGAGCUUGGAGCACAUCAAGUCCCCCGUGAUGCCUCCAGACAGACACGGCAGACCAGCCGUCUAUCACUGGACUACAUCUGCCUGCUUGUCUCACAUUACCUGUAAAAUGUCUCCAUGGACAUGGGUGGGGUGUUGUUGGGGGAGGACAGUGCAUAGGGGGAUAUAGCAACUCUUCUAUAUGUAUGUUUUCCUCUUCCCCACACUUUCUUGCUAUAUUCUUCGAUCUGUUGGACAAAUGGCUGAAAAUCCACCAUAAAAACACUGACCGACCAGCUGACAAAGAACACAAAAAAGGCUAUGCUAAAUGUUGGAGUUUUUUUAUGAUAGUCAUAGCGUAAUUCUCAUUUAAGAGGUGAAUCUUAGCUCAAGUAGUGCCCGUGGAAAGCUUUAGCGUGAAGAUUCCACUUUGUGUUUCUCGACAUUAGGAACUUUUUAUUCCCUAAUUUAACUUCUAACAAGGACAGUCGCUGUAAUGUUGACAGCCCCCCCGUCCCCAGCUCCCCCCCUCUGUGUCGAGCUAGCUACCGCACAAACUCCAUUACAUCUGCCUAAAGAGGAGACGGACAGAGGGACUCACAUGUCACAUAUCAACGGUGAGGGGGUCAGACGGUGGUGGCGAGCCGGGGUUUGCCACUGUCGGGACACGACCUUUCCCAAAAAAAAAGACACGCUUUCAGACGUGAAUAGUGCAACCUGGGAUUGCACACCGGUGACUGCUGUCCCUCCUCUCUCUGCGUGUGUGUGAAAGUGAGAGCGAUUAUGCAUGCACACAUUAGUGUGAGAGUGUGGCAUUUGUGCGUUUAAUUGGCACGUGUUUUUUUUGUAUGUGUUCAAUUCACACCAGCAGAAGAUUCACCCCCCCCUCCUCCUCCUCCUCCUCCCCCCCGAUGCUCCUAAUCCCAUAGUAAAAAUUGUAAAGAGGAUUUUAAACUAAUUCUAAGUUAUCCAAAGCCCCGUAGGGACCUCUAUAUCUGUGGAACAAAGAAUACUUGAGAGCCAUUUUGUAAAAGAAAAACGUUUUCUUUAAUCUGGGGCUUUAAUUUUUACAUUUUGAUUUUUU